UAAAAAUUCUACUUUUAUCUUGAUGUACAAGAUGCCUAGACCAUUUAGUAAUCAUCCACCUGCUAGAAAAGAAGCCACUCAAUGGGCUAGUUGGGUUGACAAAGAAGUGCAGCAACACUCUGAUCAAACUAUAGAUUCACUCCCUGAAAAGCUUCAUCGCAUUUCUCCUAAUGCAUCAGCAACCACGAUACCAUUACAUUACCAACAACAACAACAACAAAACAAAGGUUACUAUGUUAUUCCUAACAAGGAACAACUGGCUGCUAUUUUACCUGAAAAGACACUUUGUUUUUGCAGUAAACCAGCUUACCGCAGCUACACAUUAGAAUAUGGCCCUAUUUUAGAAUGUGGCAACUUUGCUAAUGAUCCUACCAUCGAUUCAGAUCCGCCUAUUCAUAGACUACAAAAACAAUUUGUUUGUGGUUUCCAUGUACACGAAACGAGUUGGAAGCGAGUCUGUGACCAAAUACGUCAGAAGAACACUGUGCAUUCAGAAUACACUGAACUACGUACUUGUCCACUUUACAACUUUACUUAUUGCACCAUGUUUCGCCUCACCAACAGUUUCAAAAUGGAUACACCUACUAUUUUGCCUGAAUGUUUUUGUCAUCGUCCAGUAGUGAUGCGUAUUCACCCUAAAGAAGGGGUUCAAUUCGCGUGUAAAAACAGUUUUGUAGAUGGUGCACCUAAAUGCAGUUGGGUACUCAAGGCAAGUGAAGUGGCUUUCCCUAGGCCUAAAUACCGUAUCCAUACCUUUGUGGAUAACGACACCUAUAUUCAACAAAAGCAGCACAAAGUAAAAGAGAUCAAAAAGAAAUCAGCAGAGGAUUAUGAACGCGAACACAAGCAUGAAUUAUUGGCUGCUUUGACUGGAUCAUCCCAUAAUAUACCUGAAGAGAAAUUGUGUCUCUUGAACCAGAAAGCCAUCAACUUUAAUGAUUUGGUCCUGGAAGAAGAGAAAAGGCAAAAAGCAUUGAUUGUACCUACCUGUGUCAUGGCCAACAAAAAAGCACCUCGACAAUUAUCCACCACAACUUCGACUUCUUCUUGCUCUUCCGCUUCUUCAGCUGUUACUUCAUCUAUUCAAUAUUUCUCGGCGGACAUGGAAAUAAUUGUGAAAGAGAAUGCAGAUCUCAAGUUGGAUGUUACAAAGAACAGGAGAACCAUUGAAUUAUUGAAUGCCAGCAUGGAUGAUAUCAAACAAAAGAACACGAAACUAAAGACAGAAGUCAGUCGUCUUCAGAAAGACAUGUAUCGCUCUCAGAAUGAAAAAGAAGAAGAGACAGUGCUCAGAAUGAAUUGUCAGGAACGAUUGACGAGUAUUGAAUUGGAUUUUGUACGAUUGAUGAACGAAAAAGAAAAGAUACAAGAAGAGUUACUGCUUCAUAUUGAAGAAAAGAAGAAAUUAUCUGGUCAUGAAGAUGAUCGAACAAAGUGUGUUUUGUGCUUUACUCAAUUGAUUGAAUACUGUUUAGUGCCUUGUUAUCAUUAUGCCUAUUGUCAUUUAUGUGCUUCAAGACUGACUGAAUGUGCUAUUUGUCGAAGAUCCAUUGAAAAGAUUCAAAAGAUCUAUGCACCUUAAUUUAUCUUUUGAUAUAUAUAUGAUACCCUUCAAUACAG